ACAAAUUCUACACUUCAAUUGGACACAAAGAAGAUGAUUCAGAAGAAAACGUAAGUCGUUCAUGGAGUUUUCAAAUACCUAAUACAUAACCAUUCCUCAUCUGAAAAAUUUGGCAUUAAAAAGUAAAAAAAUCAUGGGUUGGAUAACUCAUAUUUAGCGAGACUUACAGUAGAUAGUUUAAUAUCGAUCAGCCAUGCACUUAUGUAUAAUAUAUCAAUUUGUUUUUUUAGUUAUGUUAUUCUGCUUGUGGUAUCUACAAGUCAUCCAGAGUUUGGUAUCCGUCAAGCUAUGACCACAAUCUUCUUUCGUGUGGAGUCUGGAAUCCCACCACAGCUGCAAACCAGGUACGAUAUACAUAUACUUAGAAUAUGUUCAACUGAAUAAAUGCCGCGUUCAAACAAACUCGUGCAUCAAUGAUGCCCCGAUACCAUCCAACAGUGUUGAAUUUGUGGGGUAAAAUCGCCAGAUUUAUCGUAAUUGAAAAGGUGUGCUUUAAAAUAUUUGUGAAAGUAACUAUACCGUAUAAAAUCAGUGAUGUAACUUAUUAAACUUAACUACACCUUUACCACUUGCCAUCAUGCAGGACAAAUGAAACGUGAAUAAACUGGUUGCCGGAAUAAAAUCCACGUCACAUUGGUUGCCAGAAUAAAAUCCACUUCGCCUGCACAUAUUAACAACAUUUGAAGCAAAUAAGGAUUCACUAAUCACCAUUCGAGUAUCAUGUUUUCCUUUAACCAAUUCAAUUGAAGAUUUGGAGUGUUGAUUUCAGCUGCUUUUGUUAAUAAAGAAUAAAAAACAGAAUAAAAAACAAAAUUUGAAUAUUGUUGGUUCGAGUCAAUAUGUUUGAUCCGUUUGAACAAACCUUUUUUAAAACCUUAAAAGGUUUUAAGAAACCUCUUUCUGUCUGUCUUUCAUUGUAUACUUGCUUUUUCCCGUUGUUACAGCUGCUCCAAAAACUGUAAAGAUAAAAUAAUUUCUGAUGAGAAAACUAUACUACAGUCGGAGUGCUCGGCAUUCUGCUCUGGAGAGUUGACGUUCAGUUGGUCUUUAUAUUGUUACGACGACAUCAACACCCCUGAACCUUUGAACUUGUCGUCACUGCACGAAGUUCCUCAAAGUGAAUUUCAGGAUAUGGUCUAUAACCCCAUCAAUGAACUGGAUCUUGCUAUAAAACCUUACUCGUUACAACCUGGCAAGAAAUAUACACUAGCAUUCCGAGCUACGCGUCCGACUGGUACCCUUGGGGAACUGAGAACUACUCUACUCGUGAAUUCGCCGCCAGCUGGUGGUAAGUAGGGCCUGCCCAGGGACGUCCCUCUGGUGUGUGUGUAGGGGGCGGGGGGGGGACACCUUGUAAACCUGAAAUGUUCACCUUGUAAAAAAACACACCUCACAAGCAUUCAGUUUUCAAUCAAGAAUUUGGUGGAGUCAAACCUUUGAAAAGUUGCCCAAAAUAUCAGGACACCCCUCUCCCUACCCCAAUGUUAAUGACUUCGCGGCGUCCCUGGGCCUCCUUCGACAGUCCAGUUUUGCAUGUGUCAAAAAUAAUUCUAAUUAGAUCUAAGGAAUCUAUAAUAUUUGCACUCGAGGUUUUCAUCCACAUAAAUCCUUCAUCAUAUUUGGUAUACCGAGCGAGAUGCAAGGACGUCGCGAAGUCAUCAACAUGGGGCGUCCUGAUAAUAUUUUCCAUUUUUACCAAUGUUUCCAGCUUAAAAAUUAUUGGGGACGUCACUGGCGGGACACCCAAAAAUCCUUAUAUUUCCCUAAUACUUAAACAAUUUAACUUCAGGCACGUGUGCUGUGUCGCCAUCAUCUGGCAUUGCUCUGUCAACCAACUUCACCUUCACUUGUGACGGAUGGACGGAUCCCGAGUCGCCUUUGACCUACGAGUUCUCGUACGGAAAUAAUCAAACGGAGACAUUGUUCCACUUUCGUACAAUCGCUUCUGGUACGAAAUUCAGUCUCGUUGAUUGGUUACCAGCUGGAGAGGAAAGUAGCAAUUAUACUCUAACUGUUACGGCAAAAGUGAAAGAUUCAUACGGAUCCAGUUCAAUUGAACAGUUUAUGAUACAAGUAAGUGGACACUUUGGAUAAUCUAGACUGCAGGAGAGCAGCCUCACAUCAAAUCAGUGUCGGUAAAUUCCCGACAGCGCCACGACAGCACCGCUACCAGGAAAUGUUUAACAAAAUAUCUUCGCAGGAAUUUUUCUACACCUUGCAGGAAAUUUUAGUUAUUUCAUACACUGGAAUACCAUAUGAUUUAUUUUUGAACUAUAGCAGUUUAUGGAUCGGAAGAUAGUUGCAAAAAAGUAGUAUACAACGACGUAUUGACCAUGUUAGUUUAUUACCGUGGCGAUAAACUGCGCCUGUUUUCCGCAUACCACGCUGUCCUCACUGUUCUCUGAAAUCGAGAUAUGCAAGAACUUUCAUAAUAUUUGACUUACACAGGAGAACUUUUAAUUUCUCAAGGUCCGUCCACUGCCACAAGAAGAACUAAAUGCGACUAAACUGAACGAUUUAUUUGCUGAACAUUUGGCAAAUGGUGACACUUUGGCAGCCCUGAGCCUGGCUUCUUUGUUGAGCUCGACAAUGAAUACUCUGGGGUUUGGCAGUACAACAAGUCCAGAACAGGUACAGUUAAACAAUGUUGUACCUGACCUUGAUAUACCUGAAUGGCUAAUGUUAUGCCCGUUACCAACCAAUGAGCUCCAUGUAUACUGGAGUGAUCAUCCAAUCACAUUGCCUGACCGUUCAUCUUACGAAUAGCUACUUUAGGCUAUGUGCCCAUUUCAUAACGAUACGUACUGUAUAAUUCUCGACAGGUACGGGAGGAAAUGCUCACGUCGCUAUCUGGAUUAAAACCACAAGAUAUGUCUGCAAGCAUGCAAGUCAGCGGUUCACUUAGUCAUUUGGUGGGAGGACCAGACCAGAUGACUCCAAAAGCACAGGUAAAAACAUGCAACGAGUUUCACAGCGCUAGUGGUGUCAAAUUUUUAUCAUAUGUAGGAUUUUCAAAUAUUAUCUUACAUAUUUCUUGCUUUCCAAUUAAUCUCCCCCAUCUUUUUGCCCAACCUACGUUUAAAAUUUGCCCGAUUUCAAUUUUCUGAGGGGAUUGCCCCCUCCACCACCGCCUCGUACCUUAUGUAUCUAUUUGUUGCUUUCUUCUCUGUAGGAAGGGCUACAUUAAAAAUGCUUAUUAGCAUUAACUAAUGUCGGACCAUUGUGGCCUCCUUUACCAAAAGGGCCACUUAAUUUCCAAACACUUGCUAACGAGCUUCGACUAUUUGAGACAUAUUAAGAACUCCUACCACCCUUUGUGUUGGACUCUACGGAACGUUGUUUCCCCAGAACUUUGCUUCAUGUUCAAUCAUGAUGCAGCCUCAUUUAGUUAUAAGUAGUAUAGUUUUUGCAUUACAGUAUGGAAAGGGCCAUUUACACGACACGACCAGUCGUGAUAGUGGUGAUACAAUUGUCAUUCUGGCGUACUGAUGGAAACGACUAUUCCUGUUCAUUGGUUUAUAUGGCGAAAUUUGAAAUGUGACAUCUUCACACGCAUUUAUUCUAGUACAUACGCCAGGAUAAGAAUUGCAUACGACUGGUCGUAUUGUGUAGACGGGCCUCAAGCGGAACAAUUUGACUGUCGAUUAUCAAGGGAUCAUGUAUAAAUUCUAUUUUCAGGACGCAGCCCUCACGGUAACUGAAUCUAUCGUAGAAAAGAUGAAAAGUUUAGUGGAGGACGACGAAGGAUUUAAGAACGUCAAGUCUACGGCCACCAACAUUCUUGGAAGUCUGGGCAGCAUGAAUAGCGGCAGUUCAAAAGAUUCUGGAUCAUUGCCACAGAAUAAAACCGUCACUGCAGUAUGUACAUUUCUUUACCCUACGCACGGUGGGACUUCUGAACUGUAUAUAACCGACACCACGGGGCUUCGGUGGCGCGAUCGUCAGGGCAAGCGCCUUUCACCUCUGAGUUCGUGGGUUUGAUUCUCGCUGCGGACUCAUGUGAAAAGAGUCCGUCAACGCUUUACCGAAAGUUGUGGGUUUUCUCCGGGUACUUCGGUUUCCUUCCACAGGGAAAGUUGACAGGGUGGGUUGGGAUUAGCCCCCUAACUGACCCUUCCACCGUAGCUGUGCUCGUGAUCAGACAUGAGUCAUAAGGUGGCUAGUGCCAGUGGCGCUCUUAGAAAGCCUUCGACCCUAUCAGGUUGAGCUGCGUCCUUCGCAAUAGACCUUAUGCAUAAUGACGUCACAAGGCUUGAUGCCGGCGAAGAAUGCUGAUCUUAGUAGUCAUCGCCCGGGGAAAUUACGAUAGUGGCCAUUUUGAAUUGUUUAAUUUUCCCGGGCGAUGACUACUAAGACCAGCAUUCCUCGCAGGCAUCAUGCCUUGUGACGUCAUUAUGCAUAAGGUCUAUUCAACUUGGCUCUCAGCUGCAAGUAAAGCCUGGUCAAACGAGAAUGAGAGUUGAUGAGAGUUGAGAAGUGAGAGUUUGCAUGAGGGUUUUCUCAACUCUCAUGCCCCGGUCAAACGAGAACAAGAGUUGCAUGAGAGUUGAUGAGAGUUGAGAAGCGAGAGUUUCCAUGAAGGUUUUCUCAACUUUCAUGCCCCGGUCAAACGAGAACAAGAGUUGCAUGAGAGUUGAUGAGAGUUGAGAAGCGAGAGUUUGCAUCAGAAAUUUUCUCAACUCUCAUGCCCCGGUCAAACGAGAACAAGAACUGCACGAGAGUCGAUGAGUGUUGAUUGGCUAUUACAUCUCGCGUAGCGAAAAUUCUUAUUAACUCUCAUGAAAAUUUGAACCCGUUCAAAAUCAAUCAGUGUUGACGAGAGUCGACGAGAGUUACUGGUGAUCAACUCUCAUCCUCGUUUGAUUGUGACUUAAGGAUGCUUAAACGCACCCCUGUUUACUUUCUUACUCCUCUCAUUUACGUCUUGUUACAUUGAAAAACUUCAUUACAUAGGUCAAUGCUCAACGUACUAUUGAUGUGGUGGGACAACUUCAAGGAAUCUUACUGGAUUAUUUGGUUACCAACGAAGGACCAAACAUCGUUAAGACCGAAACGCUCUCGAUCAGUGCCGAGAAAAUCUCUGCCAAUGCCUUCGGAGAGAAAGAAAGUACAUUAAAGAAAGGUCGCUUUAAACCUCCGUCUGCUGCUGCUUUUGGACUCGGGGAUGGUAAGUAGUAAAACAGGCAGGGUUCCCAAUAGAAGCCGACACCCGGCAAAUUUCGCCGCCUAUAACGUAGACAAUCGCCGGUGGUUACUCGAAAUCAUUCCCACUUGCCACAGAAAUUGAAAGGUUUCAUGCUUUCCAUGCAUUCAAAACAACUCUCCAAAAUUGCGGGAAACGUCAUUUCAAAGGUCUUCAAAAGGUCUAAGUUUCAAAAUCUUUACGGGAAAAAGACCUUGGACCCCCUCCCCCUAGACGGGCGUUACCUUCGGCACCAUAGAGGCGCCUACUUCUUUCAAAAAGCCUCUUAUUCCAAAUUAUAUUGGGAUACUUACCAUAAUUUGUCCAAAAAAUUAUAAAAAGUCGCUGUUAUGUAGACUUAUCUCGCAGACCUCGGCUGAAAUGCCACCCAAAAAUGGCGGCGUGAGAAAGGCCAAUUCAGUGUAAUGUAUUGUGAUGUAAUGUAAGGUGAUUACCUAACCAUGUUAUUUCUAAUUCAAUAUUUUUGUUUUAUUUUUAAUGAAGUUCUUUCAAAUCCCAACAAUUCAUUUCUUCAAAUGCAACCUAUUGAUGUCAAGGUAGGACGAACUAUUUUAACCACAUUAAGAGAUCAUAUCAAGCAAUCGAUUACCAUUGAUACUUUAUUUAACUAAAUAAUCAAUUAAUUACAUUUUUUAGGUGGCAUUGUUUGACAAGAAUCCAUUCAGUUGGGACAACACCAGUCAAAGUGUCACAUCAAACGUAAUGGACAUUGUAGUUGAAUCACAAUCACUGAAUGUGUCGUCUUCGAACCUCACUGAAGAUAUUGCCGUUACAAUACCUCGCGAUCCAACACAGUUUGUAGAUGGUAACAACUCUUUCUACUUGAAGCCACAUGAAAUGAAUUCAACAAGCAGAACAAAGGAUUAUAUGAAAUUUCAUUGCUUCACGCGACGAAGUAACUACACCGCUAUGAAUUUCGAAAUCAAACCAGAAGACCUUGGAAUACAUAUAAAUGUAAGUGACCUGAGCUCGAUAACCUUGUAGCAAAUUGUCAAUAAGCAGUUGACAACUUGUCAACAAGCUGGGAAAUCCUGUUGACAAGUUGUUGGAACAGUAUUGCUACAAGUCUGCUGCAGGUUUGUUACAACUUGUGCGUUUUUAUGUAUCUAUCAGCAUGAUAUAAUCCUAAUGUCCAGUUUCCAUGCAGAAAACACAAGGAAAGCGUAUAAUAUAUUCUAUAAUAAGUGCACCCUUUGUCGUUUAUUUCUAUCAGGUAUUCCUGAAGAAAGGUGGUAAGCCCGACGCAAAGACAGGAGAUUAUGAAUUCGCUUACAAACUUCCAGACGUCAGUACUUGUAAAGUCGGUAACGACAGCGUCCAUACCUCACAAUCGCAGUCAGGUUUUGACGAAACUGUCCAUAUUGACCCAAGCAAGUGUGCAAAAGAUCCAUAUACAGUGUUUGUGUCAAAUGUUGAUUUUAAUGGCACUGGGGAGUACUGCUUUGGUAAGUUCUAACGAAUAUUUCAUAGGUGAAGAUAUUUUAGAGAAAAGAUAUUCAAAGCUCUUAAGGUUGGUUCACCCUAUCAAAGUUUCUGUGAUCACACGAUAGGAUUGUACGAAACGUUUGAGCGAACUGAUUCUGUCUUUAACACGGAGUCAUUUCCCUCAAGAACGUCUUACAAAUCAUUCAAAACUUAGAAUUUACCCAUUGCAAAAUUUCUACUGUGAUCACAGAAACUUUGAUAGUGUAAACCAGCCUUUAAACGGGAUGCGGUUAGCUAUUGUACUUCCCUUUACCUCGAUCUGACUCUAAGUUAUGCCUGCUACUGCAAGUCUAGGGUAGAGACUUUACUUUAUUGCGCUGACUUGAAAUUUAGUCCAGUUCUCAUAGUCGGAUUUGAAUUAUUUUGAGUUUUGUUGGUUUUCUAUUGUGCUUCGAGGUUUUUCUCCAGGUACACCGUGUUUUUACUAACCGUUGGGAAUUUAAGGACGUUUUCCACUUCGCCCGUAUCGUACCGUAACGUACCGGUGAGCAUGCGCAGCUUGAAAAUGGGUUUUCAAAUUUACGUAUUUCCGGUUGAUUCGCGUAUCAAAAUAAAAAGUUCGUCGCAAGUCAACUUUUUAACGUGCUAUGGAAGUAUUCAUCAAUCAACAUUCACUAAAUUUUGAAAUUUAAAAUUUGUUUUGGGACGUGUCGGUAUGUUACGCUUGUUGUGGAAAACAGCCUUAAUAAUAACCGUUGGGGAUUAACGGUCAGAGCAACUGAAUGCAUAAUUAGUCAAUUCGGCAUUGUAUAUUUCAUACAUGAUACAUGAGUUAAAUCGCUGGCGGAGGUAUGCAGAUGACCUCUAGUUAUGUAACCACCCAACGCAGGUAAGAUACCUAUAUAGUUUUGUUUCCAUUUCAGGCGUACAACAUACCGAACUGUUCCACAAUGAGACCUACCCGGAUCCCGAGUCGACCUUCAGCUCUCGAAACCGACGUUCAGUCUCGUGUGAAGUGGGUGCAAGACGCGUUCGUCGUUCUUGUGUCAUCAUUCCACCCGCUCCACCCAAACCUACCGACUCCCCCGGUAAGAUGAAUAUCUUGGUUGCAGACAAUCUUGGUUUUGAUGGCAAGUUCUUUUACCCCAACCAAACUCCGAACUACAACCUGACGAUGUUUGAAUCCAGUUGUAUCUUCUGGGAUGUUGUCAAUGAAACGUGGAAAGGAGAAGGCUGCAGGGUGAGUAUGAAACGCUGAAAAAGAUUUUUAGUCUGCGACGGAGAGUAUGAAUUGGUAUAACAAUGCUGCCAUCGCGCUGCCAGGAAAUUUUAACAAAAUAUCUUCGCAGCAAAUUUUUUUACAUCCUGCAGAAAAUUUUUGUCAUCUUGUAUACUGGAAGUCCAUAUAAUUUACUUAUUGUUUACAAAAGUGUUUUGCAUAUCGAGAUUGUCUUGUGCCGAGAUUAAAGUGUAUCACACUGUGCUGCACUAUACGUUCUCUGAAAUCUACAUAUGGAGGACGGUUUUAUAUUUGACUUACACAGGAAAUUUUAGUUUUGGAUUUUCUUGCCAGGAAGAGAAAUAUAUUUUCUAGGCCUGAUUCAAUUCCGGCAAAAUGCAGUUUUCGUACAGUAUUUCUCCAGUUUGCCUCUACUAAAUACCAAGGAUUGACCAUUACUAGACCUCUGCAAAGAGCAACAAAGAACUGAUAGAGUUAUCCAGUACAAAUUUCUAAAUUGUGAUUCUUUCUUAAAAGGUUGCUCUGGGCACCAACAGAGAAAAAAUCCUCUGUCUUUGCAACCAUUUGACGUCGUUUGGAAGUGAUCUUCUGGUUGCUCCAAACCCAAUUGACUUCGACUCAGUUUUCAGCAAUUUUGGUAGUCUUGCUGAGAAUGUUGCUGUACUGGCGUUGAUAUCAACCAUUCUUGGUGUGUACAUUAUUGGAGUUAUCUGGGCAAGGCGAGCGGAUAAGAGAGACUUAUUGAUGGUAAGUAUGUUGGUCUCGCUUUGCCUUGCUUGUAUUGUCUGAGCAAGUACCUUGACUUGCUUUAUUUUAUUAUGCCUUACUAUCCCUUACCAUACCUUGCGAAACCAUGCCAUACCAUAAAGUACCAUACCUUUUACCAUACUUAUUACACCUCACCAUACCAUACUUUAAACUACCAUAUUAUACCAUACCUUACCAUACCAUACCAUACCUACCAUACCAAACAUAUCAUGUCAUCUCAUACCUUACUAUACUACACAUACCACGCCAAACAUACCAUACCAUACCAUGCCAUGCCAUACCAUACCAUACCAUACCAUACCACACCAUACCAUACCUACCAUACCAUACCAAACAUAUCAUGUCAUCUCAUACCUUACUAUACUACACAUACCACGCCAAACAUACCAUACCAUGCCAUACCAUACCAUACCAUACCAUACCAUACCAUACCAUGCCAUACCAUACCAUACCAUACCAUACCAUACCAUACCAUACCAUACAACGUAUCAGACUAUACCGCGUCAUACCUUAUCAUGUCAUACCACACCUUAAUCAUGUCAUACCACACCAUACCACACCAUUCCAUAUCAUACCCUACACCAUAUUGUAUCGCACGAUACCAUUUCGACCAUACCUUACCCACACCCUUACAUUACUCUUGCUAAUUGUCUAGUUCAUUAAAUUCUUACAGAUUGGUCCAACGGUCAUUCAAAAAGGGAAAGGAAACUAUUGCUACCUCAUUACAACCGCCACUGGCAGCCGACAAAGCGCAGGAACCACGGCCAGGGUUGUGUUUACUAUGUCUGGCGAUCAGGGUGAGACACUACCAGUGUGGUUGCACGAUCGAGAAAGACCGUGUUUUGAGAGAGGCCAAACUAAUUCCUUUGUCAUUGCAUAUCCUCACGGAGUUGGCGAUUUGAGCUAUGUCCAAAUAUGGCAUGAUAAUUCAGGUACAGUAGAGCCCGAAUUAUUUUCGGAUCGGCCGGAAUGGAUGAAUCAUAAAACAACUCCACUCUUAUCACCAGCUGGAUGUAUUUCUUACGCCAAGUUUUUCGUCGCUUGGCGUAAGAAUGAUACAAUGUCUGCGAGCAGGCUAAUUUGACACCUGUCUCAUUUAAACGGUACUUAAAAACUUGCGCUCUUAUUUUACAGGUUCAUCGCCGUCUUGGUAUCUCAGCCGAUUUACUGUGAAAGAUCUUCAGACUGGUACAACAUGGAAACUAGUUUGUGAGAACUGGUUGGCUGUGGAAUCCGAAGAUGGAAAAGUAUGUCGACUUCUACCUGUGGCCAACGAACAGGAAUUGACAAACUUUAAUCACGUUUUUUCGAAAAAAGCCCUAACAGGUCUUGCAGAUGGCCAUAUAUGGUUCUCUAUUGUCUCCAGACCUCCAACCAGUAACUUCACGCGCGUCCAACGUCUCUCGUGCGCUCUUUGUCUGCUAUGUUGUACAAUGAUCACCAGCGCGAUGUUUUAUAACAUGGGAGGCCAGGGUCCGAGUCCUUUCGCAGUUCACAUUGGGUCGCUGGUUAUUGAUUUAAAACCGUUUGUGAUUGGCUUACAGAGCAGUGUUAUUAUUGUCCCGGUAAAUGUAUUGAUUGUGCAAAUUUUCCGCAAUCUCCGACCAAAGAAAGAAAAGCCGCAGAGAACUUCUGUUUACGAGGUAGAAAAAGACGAGCAUGGCAGAGAAAAGGAUGAAGAUUUGGCGAGAAAAGAGGAAGACAUCGUCCAUGGUGUUCAAAUUGAAAACCAGAAUCCACCCAAAGGCAAACUUCCGUACUGUUUUAUCUAUCCAGCCUACGCGAUCUGUUACCUCGCCUCAGCUGCGUCGAUAUUUUUCACUUUACUCUACAGUAUUCAGUGGGGGAAGGAAACCUCUACUGAAUGGGUGAUUGCCAUGGUAACGUCAUUCUUCCAAUCAGUAUUGCUCCUGCAGCCAAUCAAAGUUGUUCUUGCGGCUGUCGUGUUUGCGCUGUGUGUCAAGUCCGCCAGCGACAGCGAGGAGGAGCGAUAUGACGAGGGACUGGUGAUUAGAAAGCCUGAUCAAGGGAAACAGGUUGCUGCGAAUAACUUGGCUGAGCUGGAGAGAAAGAUGGAAGCCAUUGGUAAACCACUCGGAAAACUAAAACGAUAUUACAGGUAAUUCAUGCUUGGAGAUAUUGUAUACUGUUUUUGGAUCAGUCUGUUAGAAAGGUAUGCAUCAGCUUUAUAGCUUUCAGGACGAUAUAUCAUAAAUUAUCCCCCUUGUUCACUUCGCUUACUCGUGACAUUUGUGAUAUCGUCCCUCAAGCGAUGAGCCUAUACUUAAAUGAUACUGUAUUUCUCUCAAAUAUUUGAUCUUCAUUUAUUUUUUCCAGUCCGCCAGAUCCCGCCAGAUUACGAAAAGCAAGAGAAAAACGUCUGAAAGAGCUUAAGAUGAACGCAGCUUUGAAAGAGAUUUUCGCUUUCUUUGUCUUCCUUAUUUUACUCAUGGAUGUGGCCCAAUAUCACAGGCACCCAGACACAUUUUUACUUACAAAGACUUUGUAUGAGACUUUCGAAGAAGUAGACGGCUAUGGAAUUGACUUAGCUGCUGUAAGUGAAUUAGUCGCCAACACAGGAAAGACUGUAAAUACUAGCUGCCAUACAGUAAUUUUUCCAAAGGGCGCGUCAUCAGAAUUGGUCGCUUUUGUUUAAUCAGCAAACCAUUAACACAACAUUUUCAUUUUACUUUUGUUAAUUUGCCCAAGCAAAGGAUGCAGCGAAUUUGGUUGUCUUCUGAAUCCAUAUUCAGAUAACAGUACUGUACCUUCACGUUUGAGAUAUCUUUUUCAGAUAGCUCAGACACAAACCGCGGCAGCUUAUUGUAGACAGCCUACAAUGGGCCACCACGUUUGAACUAUCUUUUCAGGUAGUUCACACACAAAGGUAGCCUACGUUGUAGACCCCAGCAGAAACAACGUAGGUUAAGUUAUGUAACUCAGCAAUGCUUGCUUAAUUUUCCCUAGUCUAUAAAAUAUUUAUUGUUCUUUACAGAUCUCAGACGGAGAUUCUUUAUGGAUGUGGUCACGUGAAACACUCGUCCCAGGCCUCUACGCAAACGAGUGGUACAAUGGCAAGAAGAUAGAGAAAGGUUGGCUCGCGAAUACCGAGGACUAUCUUGUGGGUGUCCCGCGUGUUAGAUUAGUUCGCGUGGAGGAAGGUAAAUAUAAAACCAGAGCCACGGGCGAACUAGCUGGAAACCAAUGUUACUAGCUAUUGUUCACAAAAGGUAGUUUUGAGGAGAGCUGAUUUGCAAACUGAGCAAUUCACGACAUGUCCAGCAAAUUCAACGCUGAAAAAAGUUCAUCAAGAUUUUCCAAGUGAUGCGUGUUGUGUCCAAUUUGUUUUUUGCAACGCUGUCUUUGUAACAUUGAUACCAAUCGUAGCGUUUGGGUUCAAUUCGUAAUUCAAGAUGGCGUUUAGCAAACAAAAACUUGCUAUUCUAACCUUAUUUACGGGUAUAGCUAGCUCACUCUUUCAAAUGACGUCUGCCAAAUUUUUGUUUUUGGUAAAUAUAUACAGGAAAAGACGACUGCAUAGAAGGGUGGGAGCAAAAGCUGUUUACCCUUGUGCCGUAACGUUUCGCGAACGAACCAAAAACCGAUCCGAUACAAUGAAAUAUAGCUUCAGUCACAAGUUAAUGUUUUCCAAGCGCUAAUGGCUUAUCCGCUUCAAUUUUAGAUUCGUGUCCAGUCUCCAGCUACUUCAAGGACAUCAUUCCACAUUGCUACAGUGGUUACUCUGUGACCAGCGAAGAUGAUGACAACUAUGGGGUAGGCUGGGAACCAUUGACCAGUGAGACCUCUCGAAAACGUCGCGACGUCGCAGGGCCAGAGACCGAGACUGAGUGGACGAAACUUUUGGCCAGCGGUAGCGAGAUGGAACAUAGCCGUGUGGAGAUUAGACACAAAAGGGGUUUGGAUCCGAUUAUGGGUGGAGCUAGCGGGAAGAAUCGUCGAAAAAAGAAGCGGUUACUGGCUAGUUCUAAACCUAAGGAAUAUCGAGUGAACGACAAUGCAUUGUUACCGGAUGGUAGAGUCCUGUCUUGUCUUGAGAGAUGGGAUCAUCAAAGCAUGAUAGACCUACGUGGAUUCCCCUACUGGGGUACAAUCACCAUGUACAGUGGCAGUGGUUACGUAGCAAACCUUGGCUACGACCAAGUGACAGCUUACACUGUUGUCGCGGACUUGCAUUCGAAUGGUUGGCUUGACGUUCAAACACGUGCUGUGUUUGUGGAAUUCACCGUGUACAAUGCGAAUACGAACCUAUUUGGUAUUCUUUCAUAUUUCGUAGAAUUUUCCCCGUCAUCAAUGGUUGUCACCACUUCCCAAUAUCAAGUCGCAAGGUUCUACCUCCAUCUUACAGGCGGGCAAACACUGGCUCAUGUCUUGGUCAUAUUCUUCAUGAUGUAUUUCCUGUAUAGAGAGGGAAAACUUGUCUAUAAACAACGCUGCGCUUACUUCAAAGGUUUCUGGAAUUGGAUUGAAGUUAUCCUCGUUGUCUGCGAGUUUCUGCUGAUCGUUCUCUUCCUUGCGCGUCUGUUCGAAGUUGAUAGAAAUCUUCUUCAGUUACGAGAAAAUCCAAACGAUUACGUUGGUUUUCAGUACGCUGGAAAUGCGGAUGCGCUGAUGACCUACAUUCUUGGCGUCUUAGUGUUCUUCUAUAUUUUACGUUUCUUACGCCUGUUGAGAUUCAACAAAAACUUCCUGGUUAUUGGCAAAACAUUCCAGAGGAUAACUGCACCAAUUCUGAGCUUCUGUCUACCUUUCAUCGCCGGAUUUUUUGCAUUUGCCCUGCUUGCAUUCGCUGUAUUUGGCUCAGAACUUGAAGACUACAGCUCAUUUAUAAGGACGAUGGUGACUCAAUUCAGUAUGACUUUAGGAGACUUUGAUUUCGAGGCCAUAUUUAUGGUCAACCCGACCGUUGCAACCCUCUAUUUCUUUUCGUUCAUUGGAUUAAACGUGAUGGUCUUGAUGAACAUGUUCAUAGCCAUCAUCAACGAUUCGUUUGCCGAAGUACAAGAGGAAACCGCCAAUAUUCAGAACGAACUAGAGAUCGUUGAUUAUGUUGCAGCGAGGAUUACGCGCGGUUUUAAGGAAACAUUUCAUCGCGGUAAAGUCGUUCCUGUGAAAAAAAAGCGAUCAAAGAAACACAAGCGAAAGUCAAGGAAGCAAUUACCUCCCUACGAACAGAUGUACACGGAGCUGGAUUUACGCGUGGAGAAAUUGGAGCUUUUUGUGGACAUUAUCGACAGAAGUAUGGAAGUAGAUGAGAUGGAGGAGAAAAGAUUUUGUUCAGUGCCAGAAGACAAGCAACAAGAUUUAUAUUUCCGUCUUUUGUGUUCAAUGGAAAGCGCUCUUGACGAUAGUGAAGACGAACUUAGUGAUUCUGAAACUGAAAGUGAAGAGGAAAUGACAAAUGGUCAAUAGAGCUGCCGGAAGCACACGAGUUUUCGCACGACUCGCGAGAAAAUAGCCUCGCUUGUUUUCGGGUUUUGUAAACCUGAAAUGUAAACCUAAGUCAGACCGAAAUGUUUCGUUUUGGUCCUCAUACCACUACCCGCUACCUCUCACUGUCUUAAGCCCAUUCUCCACUAAGCGAAUUUAUUCGCGCGAAGCGAAAAACAAAUCUUGGCAAUCGGUGAAGUUGGAACAGUUCCUACUAUUUUAUUGUUCGCGCGCACAAAUUCGCCUAGUGGAAAAUGGGCUUUAGUCCGCAUCUGAUUGGUUAAUCGGUGGAUUAAUUAAACGCAUCUGAUUGGUUAAUCGGUGGAUUAAACGCAUCUGAUUGGUUAAUCGAUAGAUUAAACGCAUCUGAUUGGUUAAUCGGUAGCAAUCGGUGAUAGUUUUUCAGGUAGUUGUAUCUCUCUUACACCGCAGCUGUCUCUAAUGCUAGUUGUAGCGGUAGUGGAAGUAAAAUCUGAAUCUCUCAUAUCUUACAUGAGUCAAAAUACAAGAACCUUCCCGAUUCCACGUUUUUAGUCUGUUGACAUUUUCUGUAAUUUGUUCUGUAUUACUGUAACGGUUAUGAAUUUAUAGACAAAUACCGCGAUAAAAUUGAAAUUUCACAUCUUUUAUGCGUUAACAUGCAGUGAAUCUAACAAAGAAGCAUCCUUCGCUACAAAUUAUCUUAUAAAAGCAAAUAAAACUAAAUGUUGUUGCCGUAUUUUGCUAAAAAUUGGGUAACCGCUACAGAAAAACAGAGCAAUUUACAGAAAAUUACAAUAGAGAAGAGAAGCGAAAGUAGGAAGGUUCUUGUAUUUUCUCUGUAAGUCGCCCAGUUAUACUCAAGACCCGACCGAUUGAAUAUUUAAUCAUACCGAUCUGAUUGCGUCUGAAUUACUCAAUAUUUAGUUUUCUCCUUCUUGCGCCGCACCGACCUCUUGUAUUUCAUAUGAUGAAAAGAAUCACAGUAACAUUAUUUUUUACUCUGACAACAUUGAACCAGUUGAGUACUAUCUGGUUUGAACGAUUAAAAUAAAAGUGAAACUCAAGAUCAAUAUAACUUGCAAGGUUCAUAAAAAAGCAUUUGAAAACUUGUAAAUCUUGUAAGAAAUAAAAGUGAUUGGAA